AUGAUCGUGGCGGCCUCGGACGACAGCGAGGAGGAGUCGGAGCCCAGCGAGCGCGGCACCGCCAACUCCGGCAGCGACGCGCGCGUUCCGCGCAAGGUCCGGCGGCGCAACCGGGUGGACCGCCAGAAGCUGAUCAUCAUACUGGUCGGCCUGCCCGGCCGCGGCAAGACCUUCCUCUGCAACAAGCUCAUGUGCUACCUGAACUGGCUAGGGCAUGAUACCCGGCACUUCAAUGUGGGGCAGUACAGGCGAGUGCAGAAGGGGGCGGGUGAGGUCCAGGAUGCAUCAUUCUUUGACCCAAGCAAUGAGGCUGGGCUGAAGGCGCGGCAUCAGGCUCUGAUGGCUGCUUUGGAAGAUAUGGAUACCUGGCUAGGUGAAGAGAGCGCGCAGGUAGCCAUCUUUGAUGCAACGAAUUCCACAGAGCAGAGGCGGCAAGUCUUGGUGAGUGCUUAUGCAUAUCUGUUCAUAGAGAGCAUCUGCAAUGAUCCGGACGUCCUGCAACAGAAUUACCGUUAUAAAAUGAUGUACAGCCCAGACUACAAGUCCACAGAAGCCGACAAGGCUUUGAAUGACUUCAGGGAGCGCAUUGAGAAGUACGAGGAGGUGUAUGAGACCAUCACAGACCGCAACCUGCACUACAUCAAGCUCAUCGACAUGGUGACAGGGCGGGGCUACAUGGAUGUGAACCGCAUCAGUGGAUACAUCCCUGGCAAGAUGGUCUUCUUCCUCAUGCAGGUGCACUUUCAUUCAGCGGGAGUGGCGCGCAUGCGCAAGAUCUGGCUGACGCGGCACGGCGAGUCGGAGUACAACCAGAGGGCGCUGCUCGGCGGCGACUCCAGCAUCUCCCCCUCCGGCCAGAUCUAUGCGCGCCUGCUGCCCGACGUCAUCGUCGAUCGCAUUCCCCUCGGCGCCACCAUGCCGGUUUCGGUGUGGACCAGCACCCUCAGGCGCACCAUCCAGACUGCAGAGCUGCUGCCCUUCCCAAAGCUCAGAUGGAAGGCGCUGGAUGAGAUUCAGGCGGGCAUCUUUGACGGGUGGACGUACGAGGAGAUUGCAGAGAAGCAGCCGGAGGAGUACGCAGCGCGUAAGCGCGACAAGCUCAGAUACAGGUACCCGAGUGGCGAGAGCUACAUGGACGUGAUCCAGCGGCUGGAGCCGGUGAUAAUAGAGAUCGAGCGUGAGCGCGAGUGCGUGGUUGUGGUUGCCCACCAGGCCAUCCUGCGCGCCCUCUACGGCUACUUCAUGAAAAUCCCCCUUUCUGACGUGCCGCGGCUGGAGAUUCCGCUGCACACGCUGAUAGAGCUGGUGCCGACGCCCGACGGGCGCAUGGCAGAGGAGCGCAUCCCGUUCAACGUCCGCAAGUCCAUGGAGAUGCCCGCGCGCACGCCUAUGGAAAAGCAAUUCUCCGAAAUGAUCACCCUCUCCGUUAAUCGCGAGCUGGCCUGA